AUUGGAAGUUCUCCAUUGUUCUUUCUUCCACAAUGGAGUCUCCUCAACGUAACAGCGGGAGCACAAAUGGAGAAUCACAGCGCGCGUAAGUGAUCAUUUCUCUUCUCUGUCAACAACAUUCGCAAGCAUUCGACACGAACCCAUCAUAAAAUUUAUUAACGAAUAAUACACUCCCAAACCGUCCUUUUGAAACUUUGAUCCCCUGAAUUGUCUCUACUCAACUUCCUACUUCAUUCACAAAUCCUUGCUUUCUCUGUAAUUAUGACCUGCAUUUUGAAAUUUCCUGGACCGAUCGGAUCCUCCAGAACUUGAGGUAUCACUUGUUGCGAAAAGGGUCUAAUAAACGCAAAUAGUUUCAUUGAUCCAUCAAGUGAGAGUUCUUCAAGAGUCAUUAUGGCUUGUACUUCAGUGGCUAUUGGCAAUUCUUCAGCCACUUCAAUGACAAAAGACAUCAUCUUCAAAGAGUAUAACGGGAUUCGUCGUUCACACUCGAGCAAGGAUAUUCGAGAACGAACUUGCAUCAAAAGAUCUUAUUCUGAUAAUCAUAUUUGUUACUCUGCAAACAAAAUUCAUGCUACUUCAACACAGCCAAAGCCAAAAAACAACAACAAUAAUAAUAACUCUAUGGGAAUGAGGAUUUUUCCUUUGAAAUUUUCAGGGUCUUUUCUUCCUCAUCCAAUCAGAUCCUUUUUGUUUGACAUGGAGGAGACCUCGAAGGAUCUGAGUAGUGAAGAGGAGGUGACAAGGAGAGCGAAUUGGAUUGAGAGAUUGUUGGAGAUUCGAAGGCACUGGCGGACGAAGCAGAAAAAAGGAGUUGAGAAUGAUAUUUAUGCACAUCAUGAUGAAACUGGUGAGAGAUUUUGUGGUGAAGAUGAUGGUGGGUGUGAAGUGGAUUAUUAUGACUCUGAGGAUGAAGGAGAGUUUAGUUUUGAUACUGAAUCAUUUGCAAGAUUUUUAGUCAAGGUUCCAUUGUCUGAUACCAAGGUGUUUUCUCAGCUGGCUUUCCUGUCGAACAUGGCCUACGUUAUACCAGAAAUAAAGGCAGAGGAAUUAGAACGAAGUUGUGGCCUGAAAUUCGUUACAUCCUCGUUGCUCAAGAAAGCGAAUGGUGCAGCCAUUAAUAUGAAAGAAAAACAGGAUCAGCAUUCAACUUGUAUAUCUGAUGAGGCCUUAAAUGUUGGUGAAGUUUGUUCAGGGGAAGCCUUGCAGUUGGAGAGGACACAACAAAUCCCCACAAAUGUUGCUUAUGAGAUAGCUGCAACAGCUGCAUCGUACAUGCACUCGAGAGCCAAGAAUCCUUCGUCCCAUCCUUUGGAACCACAAGAGAAAGGAGAGGGUUCGUGUCGGGCAUAUAAUCCCGAGGUUGCUGCUUAUGUUGCAGCUUCAACAAUGACUGCUGUGGUUGCUGCUGAGGAGGUGCAGAAACAGGAGACUGCAAAGGGCCUCCAAUCUCUUCACUCUUCUCCUUGUGAAUGGUUUGUUUGUGACGACAUCCACAGCCCGACUCGAUACUUCAUCAUUCAGGGAUCGGAUUCGUUGGCAUCUUGGCAAGCAAAUCUUUUUUUCGAGCCCACGAAGUUCGAGGGAAGUGAUGUGCUUGUUCAUAGAGGAAUAUAUGAAGCUGCAAAGGGAAUAUACAAGCAAUUCAUACCAGAAAUUAUAGAGCAUUUGAAAAAAUAUGGAACCCAAGCAAAGUUUCAGUUUACUGGUCAUUCUCUUGGAGGCAGUCUUUCCCUUUUGGUGCACUUGAUGCUGCUGAAGAAUGAGAUUGUGAAGCCUUGUAUGCUUCAACCAGUGGUCACUUUUGGUUCUCCAUUUGUGUUCUGUGGUGGACACAAGAUUCUAAAUGAAUUGGGUUUGGAUGAAGACGAUAUCCGUUGCGUCAUAAUGCACCGAGAUAUCGUUCCGAGGGCCUUCUCCUGCAACUACCCAAACCAUGUCGCUGCUGUUCUGAAGCGCUUGAGUGGAUCGUUUCGGUCACACUCUUGCCUCAACAAAAGUAAAUUACUAUAUUCUCCAUUGGGUAAGAUAUUCAUAUUGCAACCUGAAGAGAUGUCAUCUCCCCCUCAUCCUAUGCUCCCUGAGGGAAGUGCCCUCUAUACUUUGGACAGCACCCAAAAUGGAUACUCCAUAGGGCUCCUUAGGGCGUUCCUGAAUUGCCCUCAUCCACUUGAGACACUCAGUGACCCUACAGCUUAUGGGUCAGAGGGUACAAUUUUAAGGGACCAUGACUCGAGUUUCUAUCUGAAGGCUUUGAAUGGGGUUCUUAACCAACACACGAAGAUGCAUACUAGCAAAGUCAGAAAGCAGAGGAAAUUGUUAUUGCCAUUACUUACUUCGCCAUCUCCAGAGUUAUGGAGGCAUGAUGGAAAUUUGGACAAUAAGAAUAGUUUGGUAUCCAAUGAGAUAAUGACAGGUGUUUAACACCAUUUUCCAUGAGCUUUGUAAUCAUCUUGUAAGUCACCUCUGUAAAUGCAUAAACGUACUUGAACUGGUUUGGUUUAACUUAAAUAAAUAGGUUGGGACACUGAGUAGGCUAAAUUUGCCUAAGUUC